GGAUUUCGCGGCAUUUCUGUAGGGCGCAUGCGUUCUAUACUGUCAACUUUCCAGCACGCGGAAUUGUUCAGGAAGGGGAAUAGUUGUGAAUACUUUUUACAUGUUUAUUGUCUUGCCACCUGUUUAAACAUUAUUUUAUCAUAUAACGUAAGGUAACGGCACCAUGUGGAACCAAGGUGGAUCAUACGGUGAAUCAAACAUGGGUGGUGGAUACACUCAGUCUCCGGGAGGAUUCGCAUCACCUGCUGCCUCCCAGGGAGGAGAGAAGAAAGGGAGACAACGUGCCCAACAUAUUGUCCCCUGCACAGUGUCCCAGCUCAUGUCUGCUGCCCAAGCAGAGGAUGUCUUCAGAGUGGGAGAGGUGGAGGUUGCCCAGGUUACCAUUGUGGGCAUCAUCAGAACCACUGACAAAUCCAUGACCAACAUCCAGUACAAAGUCGAUGACAUGACAGGGGCCCCUAUGGACGUGAAGCAGUGGGUAGAUACGGAGGAUCCCAGUGUGGACAGCACUGUCAUCCCCCCAGGCACUUACGUCAAGGUCUCUGGCAAUUUGCGCUCCUUCCAGAACCACAGGUCCAUGGUAGCAUUCAGCGUCCGGCCCCUUGACGACAUGAACGAAAUCACCUCCCACAUGCUGGAGGUGGUGCAGGCACACGUGCUGCUCAGCAAACCACAGACGAUUAUGAUGGGCGGAGGAGGGGGAAUGAACACUAGUAUGGUGCCCUUGUCGCGGCCGGGAAUGGGUGGCAACACAGGGGGUGGAUACUCGGGUGCCAACGACAUGUCCGCUAACGGCCUGAGCCCAAGCCAGAACCAGGUGCUGAGCUUGAUAAGGAGCUGUCCAGACGCGCAGGGUGUCAGCACACAGGACUUGAAGCAGAGACUCAGCGGCAUGAGCUUGGCUGUCAUCAAGCAUGCAGUGGAGUUCCUCAGCAACGAAGGACACAUCUUCUCCACCAUCGACGAGGAUCACUUCAAGUCUACAGACAAUGACGACUAAAGCAUCUCUCCAUUCCCUGUUAGCACUAAGAACAUGAUCAUAGUCUUGGGUCCAUUCUCAACACACUGUGUGCUAUGAGCGGACGAUUGUAUUUGAGAAUAACACCGAAAGUCCUCUUAGAAUUUUAAGAUCUCAACACUGAAAAUAGAACCUGUAGUCAUUCAUGGAAGCAUGGUUCAUACUGAGGAUCAUCAUGGGAUGUCUAUAUAAUCCUGAGGGUUUCUGCAAAAUUAGGCCUUGGUUUGACUGACAUGGUGGCCAGUGUUCACAUAUCCUGUUUCAACUUCCGUUAAUGAUAUUACAGUACGAGUGGGUGCAUCAUAGGCCAAUGGUUGUUCUCACAAUGAAUGCAAUCUGUGACUACCAGUUCCUCAAUCAUUGAUCUUGAUAGUUGUUGUUUAAAAAUAGUGAACAGAAUGCAAAACUUUGCCAUUCAGAUUCUCAUGUCUCUAUGUUUUGUUUUUGUCUCUAGUAAACAUAUAUUUUCAGAAAAAUGUGUAAUUUGAUCUAAAUAUAUUACCAUUUUAUAUAGUCAAUUGGAAAGUAUGUAACCUUAGAAUGCAGAAGUAUAAUAUCAUGCAGUAUCGAUACCCAAAGCAGUGAUGCAUAUGCACCAGUAAAGCUUUGUGUUGCGCAAGAAGAUCCCCACUGUUAUCACUCCGGCUUUCUUAUAUUUACCUCCACUCUUAACAGUAAUGUCACUGACGCUGCCAGAAUAGCAUCAUUGAGUUUUAAAAUAAGGGGACAUUUUAAGUUACAAAAUACAUGGCUAAAUUAUUAUUAUCAACCAUGAACAUCAAUAGGCUUUUAUUAUGAUAAGCAUUUGGGAUAAUCGGUUGGCAAGUGUGUUUUGUGACUAGCAAUGUAGAAAAUGAAAACCAAGUAACAAAAUAUGGGUACAAUAAGACAUGUAUCCUGUUUUGCACAGUCCAAUCUCAAAGUAUUCACGGUUACAGUGGCUGGCUAUCAGUGCAUAGUUCUGACAUUGUUUUGCACCCUAUAGUCUAGUCUAUUUUAUGCAAUGAGACUUUAGUUAGCCUUUUAAUAGGUAUUCCUCUGGCUGGUUCAGUAAAAUAAAAAAUUGUCCUGUGCUCUU